AAAGUGCACGAAGGGCAGUGCUGAGGUACUGACAUCCGUGCUGGGACGGUCAGUCACCUCUAAAGAAGUGUCCAAACAAAACUAAACAAAUUAAUCAAAGCCCUCACGGACACCCAAGCUACUCGAGCACGGCAAUCUGGGUGAGCUUAGCCCGGUCAGGUUUUCGCGCUGGUUAGCACAGCAGGGAGAAGGAAAGGAAACGCAAGCCCGAGCCUGGCGCAGGUUGUGGAGCUGGGCUUGGCUUGUUUUCUUGGUCAGAGGCAGCUGACUCUAUAUCGGGAAACAGCACGGCCCUCAGAACCGAAAGAGAAAGCAGAGAUAGCGAUCUUCACGUCACAAAAACAGGCUGGGGACAGCCCGCGGCCGGCGCAGCUCCGCCAGCAGCCGCAGAACCGCUUGCGUCCUAUCCCGGCACCACAGCCCUCCGCAGCGUGUUCCAGCUCCGCUCCCACCCACAUGGGCAGCCCGUUCAGAAAAAUGGGCAUCCUCCAUGUGAGCUUCCAGUCUCUCCAGAAGCCUUUUGAGAAGAAGCCCUCCAAGGGAGGCUACAAGAAGUGAGGGAAAAGCAACCAGGGGAAGUGGACAGCGUGAAGCAGAAGCCUGCAGGACGGCACUAGAGGACAGUACACAUUCUGGGGAGAGGAGCAGAGUCGGCUUUGCCAACCAGGCUGAGAGAGGAGCAAGGUGGAUGGCAAUCACAGGCAUCCCCACAGCAGCUCUUACCAUGAUAGCAAGAAAGCAUGCAGGCACCAGGAUGGGUGUGCUGCCACAGUGGUGUGCCAAGAACCUGCUGCCCGUGCUGGCUUUACUGGAGGCUGUUGGGACCCUGGCCCUGAUGUGCUACGCUCUGCUGUACGAGGCCGGGAACCUGGUGAACCUCCCUGACAAAUGCAUUGGCUUCUACAACUUCUGCCUGUGGAAUGGUACAGCUGGGCAGCUGCAGUGCCUGGACACCCAGCAUCUGCAGGCAAUGGGCAUCAGUCCACUACAACUGGGACUAGCCAGGGUUUGUGUGUAUACCUGCCUGGUCUUCAUCCUCUUCCACAUCCCUUUUGUUUUAAAUGUGAAUUCCACAUUUAAAGGGCGGGGAGAGGGAUGGAAGAUGAUUCGCAUCAUACUCUUCAUCAAGAUGAUAAUCCUGUCUGGAGGCCUGGGUAUGUUUCUUUUGCAAACCUCACACUGGAUUCAUCCCUCUGAUUUCACUGGAGGCUUCCUGGCACUGCUUGGGACUCAGGCUCUGCUACUGCUCCAGAUUCUCACUGUCACUGUGUACCUCAGCUGGCCCAAGCAUACACAUAUGUGUGAAAACCUCUUAACUGAGGAGGCCCUGCCCACUGAGAUCUGACAGUGAAGAAGAUGCAAGAGCUAUUGGUAACAUGAUUUAAAAUUGUAAUCCAUAUACAGCUUUACUCCCUAGCAAAAAUCUGAUUCCCAGUCCAAAGGCUCAUGUCCAGCCAUGCUCUGGCACAUUGCUGUGUGCAGCAUUCCUGCAUCAACCUGGCAGCAGAUGACAGCCACAGCACAGAAGCCUCCCAGGUACAACAGUGUGUAACACCCCUCAGUUUGGGGCACAGCAUCAGUGACAGCACUUCUGGCCCCAAAGAGCAGUGAAGGUAGCAGAAAGAGCAGUGAAGGUAGCAGAACCAGCUACCAGUGGGCACAGCCCUCUGUUCAUACCUAGUCUAUGUAAAAAAAGUUGCUAGUACCUCACAAUGUGUGAUUAAAUCUGUAAUUAACUAACAAAAUGCUUUUACUACAUUUGACCCUGCCAUAUAAAAAAGGGAGUUUGAAAACAGGAUCUGUACCUUAUGUUUAACUAGGAACUAACAAAUGUUCAGGAAAAUGUAACCAAGUAGGUAAUUUCUUCAUAACUAGACAGGAUACAUAUCACUUAAAAUAAACAGCCAAUCAACAACCAACCUUCAAGGCUGUGAUGAUACUUCUGUAUCGUCCAUCUAGGACGAUACAGAAGUAACACCAGAAAGAAGCAGGUUUGUAGUUUGAAAACAAGAUAACAGACUGAGCAUGCACCAAGUAAGCACGCAAUAAAAGGACAAGUGAAGAAGACGAUUCAACGACCAGCAAAACCCCUACAGGGGGUAGUAAUAACCCCUACAGGACACUAGAUGGCAGAAAAGACUGAGACGGUUAACUCCAAUUCAUAUAAUCAUUUUUCAAAACCGGAGCUUUAUGUUAUUGAUUUUCUGUGUAGUGAAUAUGUAACAGCUUUGUAAGUACAUGCUGCAUUAAUUCAUCCAGUGGCUGCGAGAAUUUAUGUAAAUAAAGAAUGCCUGCUUAACAGUGA